AAGUAGUAAAAGUGAUUCCUUGGCGCUUGACGAGCGAUAGCUACCCGCGGGUCGCACACCUCGCACGCCAGACGUUGUGCUCACGACGCACGUGCGGCGAGCGAAUGAUGACCUUAAGGGAGAGCAAAAGGUUCCCCACUUCCUCAACCACUUCAGUCUGACUUCCCCCCUCCUCCCCAGCUUUUUGUGGCGUCAUGAAGAAGCACCACAUUCCCACCAAGCAGCAGCAGCAGCCGCCGGCGGCGGCGGCGGCGGCGGCAGUGACGGCGACGACGACUCAGGGCGGCGAGGUGACCGUCCAGCAACUCAACGAGCUCCUGUCGAACGGCAGCGGCUUCUACAGCCUCCCGACGCAGCACUUCAACGAGGUCUUCCCGAGGAUCUACAUCGGCAACGCGUUCGUGGCCCAGAAUACAAUGCGCCUGCAGAAGCUGGGCGUCACGCACGUGCUCAACAUGGCGGAGGGCACCUCUUUCAUGCACGUCAACACCAGCGCCGACUUCUACGCGGGCACGGCCAUCGCCUACCACGGCAUCAAGGCCAACGACACGGAGCAGUUCGACCUCAGUGCCUUCUUCGAGGAGGGCGCCGCUUUCAUCGACAAGGCCCUCGCGCACAACAACGGCAAAGGGAAGGCGUACGUGCACUGCCGGGAGGGCUACAGCCGCUCGCCCACCAUGGUGGUGGCCUACCUCAUGCUGCGCCACAAAAUGGACGCCCGGCAGGCGGUGGCCACCGUGCGGCAAAAGAGGGAGAUCGGCCCCAACGACGGGUUCCUGCGCCUGCUGUGCCAACUCAACGAGAAGCUGGCCCGGGAGGGCCGGCUGAACGGCGAGACCAAAAACUGUCAGCGCAGGAAGGAGCUUUCAACGCUGAUUUCAAGAUCGCCGAGCAGCGCCUCCCUCUCAACUUAAAUGAAAGUUGCGCUCCGCCAUCAGCUGCAGCGCUGGCGGCGUUCUUCCAAUGUGGGCCCGGGGGCUCCCGCAAAGGAAGCCGUAAAGGUCCAAAUGGAGAUUGUGACUGACGUCUGUCGCGAGACGGUAAUCAGAAAGAAGCGCUCCAUCCCCGCUUGGCACCGCUUCACACGACGACGACAUGACGCGGCAUCUCAUCGCGUGGACACAUGGGAAGCAUCUAGUCAUGCAAGUACAAUCAUGUACUUCAAAACUGCAUUAUGUAGGAUCAGACGAGGGAUCAAAUCUCAUGUAAAAUGUAAGAUUGCCAUCACGCUAAUCCACUCCGUGUUAUUUAUAGAUCACAUUUUCUGUCGAUCAAAGUGCGCGAUAUAGGAUACAAAAUUAUAUUUAAAAGUAUAAAAGGUGUAAAACUUGAAACCCGUUCAAAAGAAAACAUUCCUU